GACAAGACCUAUAUCGACAUCUCUCGGGCCAAGUGUGAGCAGAGAGAUCGACUCAUCAGAGACGAAUGGAAGAUCUCGAAGAAGCUAGCGAUUGAAAAUAAUGUCCUCGAGGUGCCAAAAACAUGUGGCAUUCUCACGAACCGAGAGAUCAUAAUGACCGAGGAAAAUGACGCUGUCGACAUUGUCGAGAAAAUACGUCAGCAAGAAUACACCGCAGAAGAAGUCGCCGUAGCCUUUUGCAAGCGAGCUGCAGUUGCACAACAACUGACAAACUGCCUCACAGAGAUCUUCUUCGAGGAAGCUAUUGAUAGGGCUCGCCACCUUGACCAAGAGCGCGCCGCCAACCCUUCGGCACCAUGGAAACCUCUACAUGGACUUCCCAUCUCGCUCAAAGACUCGUUCAACGUUCCGGGUUUUGACUCGACGAUCGGCAUGACAUACUUCGCAAACAAGCCAGCCACAGAGUAUUCGGCUCUGCCCAAACUGCUAUUGGAUCUUGGAGCUGUGCUCUACUGUAAAACAAAUGUCCCACAGACUAUGAUGACAGCAGACUCUGACAACAAUAUCUUUGGCCGAACACUCAAUCCUUCCAACCUGAAGUUGACCGCAGGCGGCUCUUCAGGAGGCGAGGGCUCUCUCAUCGCAAUGCGAGGCAGUGUGCUGGGAAUUGGUACCGACAUUGCAGGCAGUAUUCGAAUCCCCUCGAUCUGUAAUGGCAUUUACGGUGCCCGUCCGAGCUCCGGCAUCGUCCCCUUCGAUGGCCAGCAGUCGCCGGAAGAUCCAGGGAUGGUUGGUAUUGAGGUUGUGGCAGGUCCUAUGGCAACAUCGUCGAGGGCUUGCUCAUUCUUUAUGAAGACAAUCAUGAGCGCUCAGGCGUGGCGCUACGACUCGUCAUGCCUGCAUCUCCGAUGGCAGGGCCAUCAAUGCAGUCGUAAGCCCCGUAUUGGUCUUGUCCUCGACGAUGGAGUCUAUACACCCUUCCCUCCCGUACGCCGUACUAUCAGAGAGGCAGCACAGAAGCUACGAGAUGCAGGUGUUGAUGUAGUGGAGAUUAGGCUACCUCAUGUUGCCGAUGCUGUUGUACGUCUGUCUAAUGUGUCACUACAGUUCGUCCAAAAUCUCAUCAAGGAAGGAAAUGAGCCUCAAGUCGAGUCUGUGAAAAGAGUCAACCUCGCCGCUAUUCCCAAGAGCAGCAUGCAGGGCUACAUGGACUUGACUGCUGGGAGACGUAAGCUACAGGCUGCCUACCACGAAUUCUGGUUCGAGAACGAAUUAGAUGCUAUCAUGCUGCCUGGAGCACCACAGACAGCAACACGCUUUGAUGAAUGGGGACCGAUCAAUUACACUAUGCUCUGGAACUUCCUGGACUAUCCGGCAACUAUCGUUCCCACUGGUAGAGUUCGCGAGUCCGAUGCCGCCGAUGGUGGAGACUUCGCCUUGUACGGGGAACAAGAUAAGAAACAUUACAAACUAUAUGAUUCUCCCGAGACAUACAUAGACGCGCCGCUGUCUGUGCAAGUUGUCGGAAUGAGACAAGAAGAUGAAGCAUUGGCAGAAGUUGUUGGUCUUGUGGACCAGAUUCUCAACUCGUCA